AUGGCUGUAAAGGAGAUUUGUGUUUGGAAAAGGCUCAUUUUAGCCUUGUUCCUCUUUGCUGUUAAUGGACAAAGAUCAGGGCCAUUUUUCAUGGUGACGUUUCCUGCAGUGAUUGAGUCAGGAUCUGAGGCCAAGUUGUGUGCAGGCCUUCUCAAACCCAACGAGAGUCUCACGAUGACCAUUUCUCUCUUUAAUGAGAGAAAUGUGAUAACUGAACUUGUACAGCAGAGAUCUGCAACCGACUUUCAGCGCUGCUAUAACUUCCGGGCUCCUCAAGUAGGGGUAGAAUCUGUGCAGAAAGUGAAGGUGGUGAUUCAAGGGAGGGCUUUCAAAAUGACUGAAGAAAGGAAAGUCCUGUUCAGACCUUCCCUACCUUUGACCUUCAUCCAAACAGACAAACCCAUCUAUAAUCCAGGACAAAUGGUGAAUUUCAGAGUCGUUACCGUGGAUGGCAAGUUUGUGCCUCUCGAUCAAAUGUAUAGUGUGGUGGUGGUGGAGGACAGUCAGAGUAACCGAAUUGGUCAGUGGACAAAUGUUUCCUCCACAAGGUGGAUAUUGACACUUUCUCAUGAGUUAAACCCAGAGGCUCGGCUAGGGAUGUACGCACUGAAGGCUUUUAUUGGUGAAAGAAUGAUUUUGCAGGUUUUUGAGGUGAAAGAAUACGUUUUACCCAAGUUUGACGUUACCGUGAGAGCACCACAGAUGUGUAGUGUUGGAGAUGUGGGACUGAAAGUUGAGGUUUGUGGCAAAUACACAUAUGGGCAACCUGUACCUGGUCAAACAUGGAUUGAAGUUUGUCGUAAGCCUUUUGAAUUCAUUUCGGUUCCUGAGGUGACCCCUCUGUGCCUGAAUAAAACCAUGAAGAUGAAUGACACUGGCUGUGCCUCCCAUACCUUCAAUAUGUCAGUGUUUUUCAACACCAAAUUUGAGGACCGUCUGCAAGAUUAUUUUGUCAUUAAUGUGAACCUCACUGAAGAGGGAACUGACAUUGUCGUCACAAAAUCUGUAACUGUAUCCCUUACGUUUGAAAUUGGCAGUGUCACGUUUGUGGACAUGCCUGAGUAUUUUGAACCUGGAUCAACCAUAAAGGGAAAGAUCUCUGCAUCUAACUUCAAUGGGACCCCAAUUGCACGCAAGGUCUAUCUCCUGGAGAGUUCCAGCUGGCCACCCAAACUGUUGUUGAAUCUCACUACAAACCAAAAUGGACUGGCCACGUUCUCCCUCAAUACAGCUAGUCUUCCUAAUGCUGAUGUUAAUCUGGUGGCAAGUGCAACUCCUGAGGAGUCUUAUGGUUACAAAACACCAUACUUUACCACAGACAGAAAGACCGUUAGUCUCUUCCAACCUGCUACUCCCUACACGCCAACAUUCAGUGAAAUUGCUAUAAUGAAGCUCGUGCAGCCAUUGAAAUGUGGUGCUGAGUUUACGGUGACUAUCAAAUAUUCUUUUGUUGGGGAGUCUGGUAACUACAACACCAACAUUACCUACAUGGUGUUGUCCAGAGGAGUGAUAAUACUACAUGGAUUUGAGAAAGUUGAUGUGAGGACUUCUGGUUCCAUAACCAGUGGCACCGUAUCGUUCAAGCUGUCAAUUGUUGUCGAUUUGGCUCCAGCAGUGCAGAUUCUGGCAUUCUGUGUUCUUCCCAGUGAGAAUGUAGUUGCUGGCAGUGCAACAUUUGACACUGAAAUGUGUUUAAAAAACCAGGUGUCCCUGCAGUUCUCCCCUGUUAUGGCUGUUCCUGGUGAGGGAAAUGUUUUGACACUCUCUGCUCAGCCAGGAUCACUGUGUGGCCUCAGUGCAAUAGAUCAGAGCAUCCGAAUCUUGGAGCCAGGAAGACGUUUGAAUGCUGAAACGGUGUUCAAUUUACUCCCGAUGCGAUCACCGUCAGAUUACCCAUAUGUUGUGGAGGAUGAACGGGAGUGCCUGAUUGUUAGACCCCGUCGAGCUGUUCCUACAGACAAAGCCUACGACGCCUUCAAGAGUGUGGGGUUGAAGAUUGCUACAAAUUUGCCUGUCCGAGAACCGGAGUGCCUGAUGUAUAGGGGCCUGAAUUAUUAUCACAACGGAUGUAGGUCCAUGCAGUUGUCUGGCAUUCUUUUUAAGAGGGGUGAAACUGCCAUGGGUGCCCUGGUGGGUGCCAUGCAAGGAGCAGAUGAGAGCAGUUCCUCUUUUGACCUGACCUUCAGGACAUUCUUUCCAGAAACGUGGAUCUGGCAACUUGCUGAUGUGGGGGGCACUGGAUCGGCAAAGAUUCCCGUCAAGGUUCCUGACACAAUCACCACAUGGGAGACUGAGGCAUUCUGUCUGUCCUCCAAUGGUCUCGGUCUGGCACCUCCUGCUCUGUUGACUGUGUUCCAGCCCUUCUUCUUGGAGCUUUCCCUGCCUUACUCCAUCAUCCGUGGCGAGUUUUUUGAGCUGAAGGCCACUGUCUUCAACUAUCAGUCCAAGUGCAUCAUGGUACAAGUAACUCCAGCUCCAUCAUCGGGCUACACUCUUAAACUGGUGUCUAGUGAUCCGUAUUCAUGUCUCUGCACCAAUGGGAGAAAAACCUUCAAAUGGGUUCUCACGGCUUCUGUUCUUGGAGCUCUAAAUGUGACCGUCAGUGCACAGGCUGAGCAGUCCCGGACUACGUGUGGCAAUGAGGUUGUGAGCGUGCCAGCAAGAGGACGCAUUGACAUAGUGACUCAAAGUCUACUUGUACUGGCUGAAGGAGUUGAGAGGAUAAAGACCCAGAGUUGGUUACUGUGCCCAAAGGGAAGCCCUCUUUUAGAAGAGGUGGUGCUGAUGCUUCCUGCAAAUGUGAUCCAGGGAUCAGCCAAAUGCUCUGUUUCGGUCAUUGGGGAUAUAAUGGGCCGUGCUUUGAAGAAUCUUGAUGGACUAUUACAGAUGCCAUAUGGCUGUGGAGAACAGAAUAUAGCUGUUCUUUCUCCCAAUAUUUACAUCCUGCAGUAUCUGAAAUUCACUCGGCAACUGACCGCAGCCAUCCGAGAACGAGCCACUGGCUACCUUGAGAGUGGGUACCAAAGACAACUGAACUACAGGCACAGUGACGGUUCCUUCAGCACAUUUGGUUACGAUGAGUCCAAUACAUGGUUGACUGCCUUUGUCCUGAGGUCUUUUGGCGAAGCACAGAAAUUCAUCUUCAUUGAUCCACAUGUCAUUCAGAGCGCAAAGGAUUGGCUGAUGAGCAAGCAGGGUUCAGAUGGCUGUUUCAUGCAACAGGGAAUUCUGUACCACAAUGCCAUGAAGGGUGGGGUUGGUGAUAAUGUGACCAUGACUGCCUACAUCACUGCAUCACUGCUUGAACUAGACAUCCCAGCAACGGAUCCUGUUGUCACCAGCGCUUUGUCAUGCUUGAGGUCUGUCGUUGGGAACCUGGGAAACACCUACGCCACUGCUCUGCUUGCCUACACGUUCGGUCUGGCUGGAGAGACCAACACUCGAUUACAGCUUUUAAAUGCCUUGGACAAUGUUGCUAUUACUGAUGGAGGACGUCUCCAUUGGUCUCAGACUGUAUCUGGUGACACUCUGGCAGUGGAGAUCAGCUCCUAUGUGCUGCUAGCUGUUCUUGCUGUAAACCCCCUCUCUGCAGCUAAUCUGGGCUAUGCUAACAGGAUUGUCAACUGGCUUGUGGCUCAACAGAAUCCCUAUGGAGGCUUCUCUUCCACCCAGGACACGGUGGUGGCUCUUCAGGCUCUCUCCUUGUACGCGGCUGCAGUGUUCAGCUCCGAGGGCUCCAGUACAGUUAUUGUACAGUCCUCCGCAGGAGGAGAAGUUUAUAACUUUGAUGUGAAUCGAGACAACCGGCUGCUGUAUCAGGAGAAGCCGCUGAAGAAUGUUCCCGGCAAAUACAGUGUUAAAGUGACUGGUUCUGCAUGCGUGUCUGUGCAGGUUGCAAUGUUCUACAACAUCCCACCACCUGUUCAAACCACCAAAACCUUGAGUGUUGAAACUAAAGUGAAGGGAGAAUGCAGACCCCUUGGAGACAAACUCCUGCUCAGCUUCACUGUGAAAUACAAUGGACCAAAAGGAAGUACCAACAUGGUUGUAGUGGACAUUAAACUUCUGUCAGGCUUCACGGCAGACACCUCAACGCUUGGUGCUCCACCCAAUGCGUAUGCCCCACUAGUGGAGCGUGUUGAUACUGAAGAUGAUCGCGUCCUAGUGUAUCUGAAAGAGGUUUCUAAAAGUGUCCCUAUGACUUAUGCGCUCCAGCUGAAAGCAGUUCUAGCAGUGAAAAAUCUCAAGCCAGCUGUAGUCCGAGUUUAUGACUACUAUCAAACAAGUGAUCAGUUUGAGACUGUAUACACAUCUCCCUGCCCAUAA